UGUACAUCGUGCUUCUUGCAUGCCUGCCGUCGAACAGUACUCUUACGUGCGUGAAAUACGUUGGAGCACUAUAGCACAAAUUUCUGCAAUUUACCUCUUCCUCUGUGCGGAAUACCACUACGGGGUCAUAGAAGUGGGUCUUGCCCGCGGCACUACCAUCAUUCCUCUAGGCGUUCCAGUGGGCCAAGGUCAUGGAACAUGCGGAAGGCAAACGUAAGCGGCAGCGUGAUCCGUCCAAGUCAUAUGCUAAGAAAACAUCAGGAAGAAAAGGCAAAGCUGCGACACUCUCUAAGAAGUCCGAAUCGCACACGAGACACGCUGCCUUCUCACCAUCUACGCCAGACGAGCCUCAUAGACAUGACCAACGGGGUAUAUUUACUAGCGAACUUGCGCACCGACGUGGUACCGCGGUUGACCUUGGUGACUUGAACUGGAAUGCUGUCCCUAAAGACAGACGGCCAACAAUGCAGGCCGUGGACAAAGAACAUCUGCUUCCGAAGGGAAAGAAUAUUGACCCCGCAUUUAUUGAACUUAUGUCAGAUGUCGAAGAUGUUACGUCUCAGCCAGCGGGUGCUACUUCUGAUCCGGAUGAAAAGCUUGAAAGCGAGGGUGAAAAAUGCCAAGAUCCACCUAGGAGAAAAAGCAUCUUCAGAAUGUUCAGCUGGAAACGCAAGCCUGAUUCUGCGAAUAAAGCCAUUUUGAAUGUGGGUCGACACCCCGGGGAGAACAUCGACGACCUAUCGAAAGAGAAACGUGCGGAAGUCGAAAAACUUAUAACGGAAACACCACUUGAAGUCUCGCAUCAUGCCUCUGGAGCUGUUUCUCCACAUGAACCAUCUACGGCAGUGGGUAACAAAGUGACGCAGCAGAAAGCUGAUGCUCAGACUACGAGUAAGCAGAAACGACAUCCGCAUAAAAAGCAUCCUGCAUUCAUUGGCGGUUUUGCGAAGAUAUGGGCCAUCAUUACAGGAAAGACCAAAGAUGACGUCAACGCCCCAGAGCGAGAACCACUUACCACAACAGAACUCAUCUGCGUUGCAGUCACGAUUCUUCUUCUUCUUGUCCUUGUGUCGGCGAUAGCAUACCUCCUCGUCAUCUCUUUCUUGGGGCAUUCAAGAACAGACAUCAUAUUCGACUGUACCUCGUCCGAAUGCAGUGAAGUAAAGAACAGCCUGACUUCAAUGCUCAACGAUGCCUUCGAUCCGUGCACUGACUACUUUGGCUAUGUAUGCGACAAAUGGCUAAGAAGCCACAGCUUCCACAGUUUCAUCGAGUACACAAUUGGGGAGUUCCAUCGUCACUUCAACACCACUCUAUUUCGUUCCGAGCAAAUCCCUGUAGACAAGUAUGGCAUGCACGUCUUGACCAGACUUUACAGGACAUGCUAUAGGUUUAUGGAAUCCAGCAACUUUACUCUUCGCACCAUUGCCGCCUACACUAGUGACGAGCUUAACAUACCACAGCUACUCAACGUGGGAAGUUUGGGCGAACAGUUAACUUAUUUAGUUAACGCGUCACUAAGCAGAGGUUUUUCGACUGUCUUCAGCCUGCAUUUUGAGAACAAGGAAAAGAAAGCCUACCUCUACCUGAAAUCUACAGCCUCGGUACAAGAACGCAUGGAGAGCACUGUACACGAGGCUUCUUCUAGAUAUCACGACUACGAUUUCGGUCCCCACAUGGAAGGUUACGUGAGAGACGUUGUCAAGGUAAUAUACAAGAAGGACGAUGCUGAGUCAUAUGUGCUUCAAGUGAUGAAGUGGGAUCGGCAGUUCGACAGCCUUCUGAAAAAGCCUUGUAACGAAGAAUACAAGAGAAUUCAGAAGACUGCACCACUAUUCUAUCCCGUCAGCGUCACUCAGGUCAUUGACUUGAUAAACAGCCUAGCACCACCAAGACUAGCGUUGACUCCAAGCGAUGACACUAUGGUGGUGUGCGGAUUCGACACCAUUGACGACGUACUGCUAACCAUGAGCAAUGGCACGCUUAUCGCCAGAGGUAUCUACUUCGCCGUGCAUUUGAUGACGAACGUUCUGCGCCUCUUCAACCUACGACAACACCUUAUUGGAGCUUCGUCGGACAUCAUAAUCACCACCUGCUUUAGAAUCACCCAACAGGCUCUGUUUCACACGUGGCCCUACUUGGUGACACGGAAGAUGGAUUAUAGCCGCAGGGCAGAAGAAGCGAAGGGUCUCGCAAAUUCGCUUAGCCGUAUUACAAGGAAAGGCGAGGGAAUUGAGUGGAUGACAGAAAUCAGCCACCAUGAAGUCGACACUGCCUUAGAUCAUCUGGACAUUAUAGCAUAUGAGGAUACCGCGCUCCAUAACAUGCAGAGCACCUACGAUCACCUACUACUUGAGGACGAGGACUUUCUGUUUACUUUGUUUGAAAUCAAGAGGUUCGAAACUAAAUUACUCCUGGAUUGGCUUCCGACAAGCGUAGGAAGCGCUUUAGCCAGGCACCAGGUAGCAUCAAACCUCUCACUCCAGAGUUUGCACCGCGAGAUGAAGAGUUGGAUCUUCAUCCCAACGGCGUAUCAGAGUCCUCCAUUGUUCAGGUACAACGAGAAGCCAGGUAUCCUUCCAUUUUACAUGAAUCACCCAACUCUGGGUACCCUUGUGGCCAGGGAGAUGGUACGAGCGAUUGGACCUUCACAACGGUGGGACAUGGAAACGAGGAAACUGGUUAAAAGCUACAUGGAUUGCCUGGCGUCUAUACGGGAUUGGCUGGGCAUCAAAGCUCUCGAAGGAAAUGUGUCUUCUUGGCGUGCGGAAGCCUUCUCCUGGUCUCUAGGAUCCCAUAUGUCUUAUAACGCAAUGCGUGCAAUAUUUGAGCAGCAUGCGAAAAAAAAUUCGGCACACUUUGUAGCCGCGCAAGAACUGUACUUCAUUCUGUCAUGUCUCAUGACCUGUUCCUCCGUCAAAUCCGGGCCUCUCUUUCUUCCAAGAGAACGGUGCGAGAUUUCUCUUUUGAGCAACGUAGACUUUUGGAGGUACUACAAUUGUACAGAGGUUGCUCAGUUGACAUGCAUAUCGUCACUGUAUCAGCCUGGGUAGUUCAUACAUGACGGCUGCUAUCACGUUCUCCGCUGUAGUACAUGCGAUAUGGUUUUCAUUUUGUUGUACAGAUUAUCAAUAGACAGUUACAUUCGUCGCUUAUCGCAACGCUAUUCAUACGCUACCUGUGAUUGUGGCGACUCGAGUGGAAUAAAUGGUAUAGUAUCAUG